AUGAAGCCUACAACAACUAACUCCUGGCUAGCUAAUAAGUUGUUUAAGCUACGCGAUGAGGUUUAUACCUGGAUAAAGCUGAAAGUGGGUAAUGGAGAGUCAUGUAGAUUCUGGUCAGACAACUGGACUCCUUUCGGGAAGCUCUCGCACUUCAUACUAUCAGAUCAACCUUCUAGAAUGGGCAUUACCCUCAACUCCACGGUAUCUGAUCUUCUUGUUGCCGGCAACUGGACGCUUCCUCCGGCGCGUUCUGAAAGCAUGGUACAGCUUCAUAUCUACCUCACAUCCCUAACACUGACUGAAGAAGAAGAUUCCUAUGAGUGGGUGGUUGAUGAUAAGCGAUCUCUUAAAUAUAGUACAAAUAAGGUUUAUCGACAACUAAGAGGGCAUGAAACUCAAGUACCGUGGGAUCAAUCUGUAUGGAAUGCUAAAGGGAUCCCGCGCCACAGCUUUUUAACAUGGCUGUUCGUUCUAAACCGCUGUCCAACUAGGGAUCGUCUUCGUAGCUGGGGGCUCCAGACAGAUGCAACCUGCUUACUCUGCAAUCAGGCGCCAGAAUCCCGGGAUCACCUAUUCUAUCGAUGCCCUUUUAGCGGGGCAGUUUGGGAGGAAGUAGCUAGGAGAUGCAACCUGCAACCACAAUUAGACUGGGAUCAGACAAUGAUCCAGAUGCAAUCACUCCAAGAUCACCGAUCGUAUUUCGAGCUUCAGACAGAAAUCCCCGGCGGAAUCUUCGAGAUACAUGCAGCUUUGGUUCUCGACUCAUGUUUGAAAGUGGAAGCGUCUUAA